AUGCAGCUGUAUCCAGUUGGCCGCUACAUUGGCAUCGACCACCGUCGUUUGACUUCGUUGGAUAAUGGCAAGAAGUUGGUUCUCAGUUUGCUCAAGUCACGAUUCCGUUACAAACGGCUAAUAAUGAUCGGUGACGGCUCAAACGAUCUUGACGCAUGUCCUCCAGCAGACGGUUUCAUCGGAUUCGGUGGCAACGUCCGCCCGAUAAUACAUUCUGGAGCUAUGCCUCAGCUAAUGGAAACAAAGACAGCGAAAAGCAACGCUCUCAAGGCAGAAGAAAAAACGAAAGAAGAAGAAACUAAGACGAAGCCAACGAAGGUUUCACAGCACAAAGGAAGCGAAGGAGACACCUCGGAUGAAUCCGACGACGAAUCCGUACCCGAUCUGGAGGAAUCAGAACCACAGUUGACUCAGCAUCAGAAGCAAGUUGCUCAGGCGGCCGGUCUCGAAGAACAGGUCACCAAGGUAGGAAAGCAGAGCAGGUCUGAGAAAAAAGCCAGAAAAUUUUUCUCAAAAUUGGGAUUGAAACAGGUUCAUGGCGUUCAACGAGUGUGCAUUCGGAAAUCGAAAAACAUUCUUUUCGUUAUUAACAAGCCCGAUGUGUACAAAAGCCCCGGCUCUGACACUUACAUCGUCUUUGGUGAGGCGAAGAUUGAGGACCUGAGCCAACACGCGCAGCAGGCAGCAGCCGAGAAGUUCAAAAUCAGCGAACCUGGCAUGAUGACCGACGCUGGCUUGGGCAAUGUUCAGCAGUACCAAGAGUCACAAGAGUCAGACGAUGAGGAGGUGGACGCUUCUGGUAUCGAAGAAAAGGACAUCGAACUUGUCAUGUCGCAGGCCAACGUCUCUCGCAGUAGAGCUAUAAAAGCCUUAAGAAUUUCCAACAAUGACAUAAUCAACGCCAUCAUGGUAUGCAAAAUGUCAUUAUAA